CAUCCAUGGCUUCUUCUCUGAGUUCCAAGGCAAAAACCUUCAAAUCCCCAACCAAAACUCCAACUAAAAUGUAUCGCAAAUCGUAUCUAUCUCCAUCUUCAACUUCACUCACUCCUCCUCAAACCCCAGAAACUCUCACUCCUCUUCGUAGAUCUUCUCGUCACGUUUCCCGUAAAAUCAAUCUGGGAAAUGACCCAAUCGAUCUUCCAGGAAAAGAAUCAGUCGAAGAAAUCAAUCUAAUUCGAAAACCUAGAAAACGAACCAAUGAUAUUGUUGUUGCAGAGAAGUCGAAGAAGAAGAAGAUAGAUCCGGAAGUUUCCUUCUCUCCUGUUUCACCAAUUCGAUCUGAGACGAAGAAGACGAAGAAGAAGAAGAGAGUUUAUUACAACAAAGUCGAAUUCGACGAAACCGAAUUCGAAAUCGGUGAUGAUGUUUACGUUAAAAGAACAGAAGACGCGAAUCCAGAUGAAGAAGAAGAAGAAGAUCCAGAAAUCGAAGAUUGUCAGAUCUGCUUCAAAUCACAUACUAACACAAUAAUGAUUGAAUGUGAUGAUUGUUUAGGUGGAUUUCAUUUGAAUUGCUUGAAACCGCCAUUGAAGGAAGUUCCUGAAGGUGAUUGGAUCUGUCAAUUCUGUGAGGUUAAAAAGUCAGGUCAAACACUUGUGGUUGUUCCUAAGCCACCGGAAGGGAAGAAAUUAGCGAGAACGAUGAAGGAGAAGCUUCUCUCUAGUGAUUUAUGGGCUGCUCGAAUUGAGAAGUUGUGGAAAGAAGUUGAUGAUGGUGUGUAUUGGAUUAGAGCUCGUUGGUAUAUGAUACCUGAAGAGACGGUUUUAGGGAGACAACGUCAUAAUCUGAAACGAGAGCUUUAUUUGACGAAUGAUUUUGCUGAUAUAGAGAUGGAAUGUGUUCUUAGGCAUUGUUUUGUGAAAUGUCCUAAGGAGUUUUCGAAAGCUAGUAAUGAUGGUGAUGAUGUGUUUUUGUGUGAGUAUGAGUAUGAUGUUCAUUGGGGUAGCUUUAAGCGUGUGGCUGAAUUGGCUGAUGGAGAUGAGGAUAGUGAUCAAGAAUGGAAUGGUAGGAAAGAGGAGGAGAUUGAUUAUAGUGAUGAAGAGAUUGAGUUUGAUGAUGAAGAGAGUGUUCGUGGGGUUUCGAAGAGUAAGCGAGGUGGUGCAAAUUCUCGUAAAGGGCGUUUCUUUGGGCUUGAGAAGGUGGGGAUGAAGAGGAUUCCUGAACAUGUGAGAUGUCAUAAGCAGAGUGAGUUAGAAAAGGCGAAGGCUACUUUGUUGUUGGCUACACGUCCUAAGUCACUUCCUUGUAGAAGCAAAGAAAUGGAAGAGAUCACUGCGUUUAUAAAAGGCUCAAUCUCUGAUGAUCAGUGUUUAGGUAGAUGUAUGUAUAUUCAUGGUGUUCCCGGUACUGGGAAGACUAUUAGUGUGUUAUCUGUUAUGAAGAAUCUGAAAGCUGAGGUUGAAGCGGGAAGCGUAAGUCCAUAUUGCUUUGUGGAGAUAAAUGGUCUCAAAUUGGCUUCUCCUGAGAACAUUUACAGUGUUAUCUAUGAGGGGUUGAGUGGUCAUCGUGUAGGUUGGAAGAAAGCUCUACAGUCUCUGAAUGAGAGGUUUGCAGAGGGAAAAAAGAUAGGUAAAGAGAAUGAAAAGCCUUGCAUACUUCUCAUCGACGAGCUUGAUGUUCUAGUCACUAGAAAUCAGUCUGUUUUAUACAACAUUUUGGAUUGGCCUACCAAGCCUAACUCCAAAUUGGUUGUGUUGGGAAUAGCAAACACUAUGGAUCUUCCAGAGAAGUUGCUUCCUCGGAUAUCAAGCCGAAUGGGUAUACAGAGACUGUGUUUCGGUCCUUAUAACCACAGGCAGCUACAAGAAAUCAUUUCUACAAGGUUGGAAGGAAUCAAUGCUUUUGAGAAGACAGCUAUCGAAUUUGCUUCAAGAAAAGUAGCUGCGAUAUCAGGAGAUGCAAGACGCGCGCUUGAGAUAUGCAGGCGUGCAGCGGAAGUAGCGGAUUACCGUCUAAAGAAGAGUAACAUAUCUGCAAAGAGUCAGCUGGUGAUUAUGGCAGAUGUUGAAGUAGCCAUUCAAGAGAUGUUUCAGGCACCUCAUAUUCAAGUUAUGAAGAGUGUAUCGAAACUGAGUAGGAUCUUCUUGACGGCUAUGGUUCAUGAGCUUUACAAAACAGGAAUGGCAGAGACAAGCUUUGACAGAGUAGCAACAACAGUAUCGUCUAUUUGCUUAACCAAUGGUGAAGCUUUUCCCGGUUGGGACAUUCUUCUCAAAAUCGGUUGUGAUCUUGGUGAAUGCAGAAUCGUUCUUUGUGAACCUGGAGAGAAGCACAGAUUGCAGAAGCUGCAGCUUAAUUUUCCAAGUGAUGAUGUUGCUUUUGCAUUGAAAGACAAUAAGGAUCUUCCAUGGUUGGCCAAUUACUUGUGAUUUUUUGCUAGUUUAAGGAAAACUUUGGAGAGAUUGAUAAUGUAACACAGUUUGAUUUCUGGAGUAUAAACUAUAAAUACAGUUACAACACAACC